AUGGCACAACAGGGAGUGGCUUUGCCGUACACAGGAUGGGGGGAUAUCAUUCGUGACAUUCCUCCAGUCGCAUGGGGAGCACUUGGUGUUGCCCUGGCGUUGGGACUUUCAGCGAUUGGUGCUGCAUGGGGAAUAUUCAUAACCGGAAGCAGCCUUCUUGGCGCAGCUGUAAAGUCCCCCAGGAUUCGGUCGAAGAAUUUGGUGUCUGUAAUAUUUUGCGAGGCAACUGCAAUAUAUGGUGUUAUCAUUGCCAUCUUGGUUGCCAGCAAGCUGGACGGCGUUCCUCCGGAUUUCAUCCAAAGCAUGAUGGAUGCCAACAAGAUUGAAAAGUGGCAAGCAGAUGCCAUUGCGGCUGGAUGGGGACUUUUAGCGACAGGGCUUACCGUGGGCCUCUCUAAUGUUUUUUCGGGGAUCUCAGUGGGCGUAGCAGGUAGCGGAGCUGCCCUCGGCGACGCGCAGAGGCCAGAAAUAUUCGUCAAAAUGCUUAUUGUGGAGAUUUUCGCGUCAGCUCUUGGACUUUUUGGAGUCAUUAUUGGCUUGCUACAGCUCAACCUCGUUAACUUCACCCGUCCGGCCAGAUCUUGA